AUGUCCAGGACUAUGAACGGUCGAUCAACCUCUCAAAAUGGCGAUAGCUAUAGGUCACCGUGGACGAAUACAUAUGACCCACCUGCUGAGGAUGCGCAAUUACCCUCGGAAAAGCUGCGCAAACUCGAAAUCGAAGCGAACGCAGCGUUUGAGAGCUAUAGGGAUAUGUAUUUCGAAGGUGGUAUCUCAUCUGUUUACUUUUGGGACCUGGACCAUGGUUUCGCUGGCGUAGUACUCAUUAAAAAGACCGGCGAUGGUUCGAAGGCUAUACAAGGUUGCUGGGAUUCUAUCCAUGUCAUCGAGAUCAACGAGAGAUCUUCCCGUCAAGUGCAUUACAAACUGACGAGCACCAUAAUGCUGUGGCUUCAAACGAAUAAGCCGGGAAGUGGAAUGAUGAACCUUGGUGGCUCGCUAACGAGACAAGUUGAACAAGAUUCACCAGUGAAUGACCAAAAUCCUCAUCUAGUCAAUAUAGGGAGAAUGAUUGAGGACCAAGAAUCGAAAAUGCGUUCGACCAUCAAUGAGAUCUAUUUUGGGAAAACGAAAAAGGUCAUCGGAGAUCUUCGUUCUGUUGAGACUCCGGCCGAGAAAGAGAAGCAGGAAGAGAUUGUUCGAGAAAUUCGUACGGCUGUGGCUGGGCGCAAUAACGCCGCAUAGUUCUUGAUGUCAUCGAAAUAUUAUUCGCUUUCUAUUGUUGAUAUGUGAUUUUUCUUUCUGACUCUGCGUUUGAGUGACGCGAAUACAGAACAUUACUGCUGCAUGAGAACCUCUUCUAAUUUCAGUAAUGCCCCUAUCGAAUCUUUUAGAUCUCUUCGCUCGACGCUAUCGAAGCAAUGCACCAGAUGAAUAUGUUGCAAUGCAUAUGAUUGUUUGCGCUUCCAAUGAACUGUCUUACAUAUGUUUUCCUUUUUAACUUUGCGAAUUGUUGUGCGCUUCAGAAGGCAUCCUUUUUGUCACAGUUUGGUAGUUUAUAGCCUUUCAAGUGACCUUGUAACCUGCUUGAGAUCAUACUUAUAUAUUAUAAUAAAUUAUCGCUAUCUUCUUGCG